UCCAUAUGUGUUAUUUCAUAGUUUUGAUGUCUUCACUAUUAUUCUACAAUGUAGAAAGUAGUAAAAAUAAAGAAAACCCUUGGAAUGAGUAGAUGGGUCCAAACUAUUGACUGGUACUGUAUUCUGUAUUACAUUUCAAAUAUAUAUUUGUCUACUGUUACAUUGUUUAGAAUUGGAGUGCAUUCUCAUUGUGUGCUUAAGUUAACCCGUAGCCUACUCUUUAAUUUACUAAGUUUUACUAACUUGUUUGUUUUAGAUUGUAUGCCUAUUCUGUUUUUUUGUGUAGAACUAAAUAGUAAAAUAAUCAUUUUUGGAGGACAAAGUGUGUGUUUGAUUAAAUUCACUACUUCAAUGAAAGUCAAAGAAGGCUGAUUUAAAAAAUAUAUAAUAUUCCUUUCAGUAGCAGCUACAAUAUGAUACAGCAACCGGUAGCAAUGUUGGAACUAACAUACGUCGUGUGUAAUCAACGUUUAUUUUGAAAAACGAUCCAGGAAGUAGGUGACAUCUUGUUUCCGGAACAAGAAGAGUUGCGUGAAGAAGCGUAGUUUAUAUUGGAAACAGUGAAGUCUUAAGACGUUGACUGAACAAUGCAAAUUAUUAUAACAUAAGCGUUUAACAUAGAGCCAAGAAGAUGUCCGAUACUGUAGCCUUUCAUGCUCAGCUAGCCUCCAUCAUUGAGGUUUUGGCAAAUGCAGCCGUUGCCGAAAUCUGCAAACUUGUAGAUGACGGCCAUGCUGCCUUACGGUUGGAAAUUUCCCAUAGCCAGAAAGAAAUCGACAACCUGCGGAGGAAGCUGGUUUUGACAAAAUUCCAGAAUUCUCGACGGAACGCAGAUAAAUUGGGAGUCCUGCGACGCACAGUUCACAGACGCGUGGACACCGAUAAUUUUACCCGGACAAGGGCAAGAGAGAACUUCGUAGAAAAGCCAACAGACAGACUUGGAUAUUUGCAGAAUUGUUUUGCCGACAGUGAAGGGAGCAACUUUACGCAGAAUGUAGCCAACUGGAGAGACUCUGGACGCACAGCAACAGACCGGGAUUGGGGUAUGCAGAUGGCAGAUAUGCAGGAGGCACCUCUUAUCAAAAUGGAGAACCAUGGCACCAGCAGAACAGAAGAGAUUGUCCAACUGGCCAGUGAGAAGAUCAUUGUGGCAGAACCAGGUGCUUCGUCAUCUACUGAAACCACAGACCAUCUGGACCAGCAGGGCAACCGAGAAAAAGCUCCAGACACCUCACUCAAUAUAGAACCUGAAAACCAGACGUUCCAGCAUCCAGCGUCACAAUACAGCAGAACAAGACAGGACCAUCAGGUUGCUGAGGGUGUGACCUGGGAAACUGACCAUCAACCCAUAGAAUACAGCCUGUCCCAAUGGACAGAGAACCAAGAGACUGACAACCCAACUGUGAAUGCUCCUCACAAUUUAGGGCAAGACUCCAAAAGGCUGUCUGAACAUCCAGAGAGGAGAGGGGCGCCUGGUAACUCUGGGAUCUGCAUGUCUGCUUCAGGCUCUCUGGACUGGCUGCCUGAUGUGGUGAUGGUGGACUCAGUUCCCAUUAAAGUGGAGGCAGAUAUGAGUUCAGAAUGGAGCAUAACUGGCCAAGAGUUGACAUCUGGAGACAUCUGUUCAGACAGCAGGCAGCUUGUGGACAACAGAGGAAGAGGGGGAAUGGAGUCUGGACAGACAAAGUGUCCCCCUGACACUCAACAUGCAGAGCAAGGGACAACUGUAGGAUCAAGGUCCAAGAUGUCAGAUUUCCAUGGACUGUCCACACGAAACAGAUUUUCAUCCCCAAGGGUUACUCUCCACCAGGUUCCCCAAAGAGGGAAGCCAGCCCACUUCCUGAAUUUCAACAGAGGCUCCACUUCGUCACCGAAAGGCAUAGAAAAGCAGCCACAACAGCUGACGUCUCACUCGCCCAAGAGGCAACUCCGGUGCAGCCUCUGUGGAAAGCCCUUCCACCAGCCGGCGCACCUGCGGAGUCAUAUGCGGGUCCAUACAGGGGAGAAACCGUACGGCUGCAGCCACUGUACCAAGCGCUUCUCCCACAGCCACCAGCUGAAGAUGCAUGAGAGGGUGCACACCGGAGAGAAACCAUUUCAAUGUGUCUACUGUGGGAAGUCCUUCACCCAGUCCGGCAACAUGAAGAAGCACCUCCUCGUCCACACUGGUGGCAGGCCACAGGAUAUUGGCCUGCCCUGAGUGUUCCAGGGUGAAGUGUCCCCUUGGUACAGAUCUAGAAUCAGCUUCCUCUCCCACAAUCUUAACCUUUACCAUUAGUAGAAAGAAAUGCUAAACUGACCCAACAUCAGUGUCUAGGGGCAAUUUAACACUACUCUACCGGGCGUAAUGAAAUGCAGGGCCAGUAGUUUUUCCUCAGAAUGUGACCAGACAGGGGGAAAACUCUUGGUCCUAGUUGUAAGGGCUCCACACUCGUGGAUUUUCAUAUGAAAACUGAGUCGAUGUGUUUUUAACAGUUUGAUUGGUUUCCACAUUGAACAGUUCCGGUUUGUAGUGGUAGUUUUUUCAGUUUACUGGCUUGAUGCUUGGUCCAGAGUGGCUAGAUAAUGUAUAAGUUAUGAAGAAGACUCGAUCCCGAGCUAGCCUGAUGACUCUCACUAAAUUAUUCAGCUGCUCUGUCGUUCACAACAUACUUUAGUCUGAGACUGCUAUCAUUGAAGUUGUUUGUGGUGAUAAGGGACACUGGGUGUUGUACAAAAUAAAGUCAUUGGUAAUUGCAUCGUCUCUAACCAAUUAAAAAUGUCCAUGCCAAUGACUAAUUUUAGAAACAUAUCUUUAAUCACGCGUUUUCUGACUCUGGUCCAACCCAAUCGGUUUCUGGACCAAUCAGAUGGCCCUGGAUGUGUUCGCAUUCAGUGAAAGGUCUGUGAGGUACUCCGAUCUGGACUCAUUGCUCUCAAGAACCUGACGUCCGAGGGAGUGGCAGGGUUUGGCCAGAGCAAAGAGUCUUGGGAGCCAAGAAAACCCUGAGCCCCAGUAAUAUCUGAAAGUAGAAUCCAGUACAUUGUGGUUACAGCUUCCUGUGAAUGACGACAUAAACCAUUAUAUUAUUGCUGUAUGAUUGCUGCACUGCAUACACCCCUAUUACCAAUUUAAUUAUUAGUGUGGUUUGCUAAGCGCGAGACCCCACUUUAAAUUUGUCAUGCUUUUAUAUUAUUAUUA